AUGAGAAAAAAUCUUCGUAAACAAUUGUCCAACUUCUAUGAUACAAACCAGAGUGAGGAGGAAGGGUACGCCCCCUCAACCGCUUCCUCCUCUAAGCAUAGUCAACAUGUAACCAUUGUACUAGAGGAGAGCCCAGUAUCAUCAAUAUCAAACCCUUCUGUCGAUGUGAUUGAGGAAAAUUUUCCGAAGCUCAUCACCAUUGAAACACCUACUCUUCGCAAGCUGGAGGAAGCGGUGGCGCAGACAAAGCGUACACUACAGCACAUUGAUGCAUUAGUUUUCCAGGCAGUUUGGAAAUGUAUCUUGCCCCGCUCUCAGGUGGAUCAGUCCGAGAAGCGACGAUCCCCCAAAGAUGGGUUGAAGCCGCUCUCUGUACGACAGCGCCGUGCUCAACUAGCCGCAGGGCAAACACCUUCGAGUGCCCAGCUCUCUGGGCUGCGUUUGUUUUCUUCCAAGUCACGCCAGGGGAGUUAUAUGAAGCAAGCUUCUAGCUCCUUGCCAUGUGCUAAGCCUUUCCUGCCGACUAGUCGGUUUCCAGAAGCACCGCCGCUGAACCCUAAAGAGCGUGCACAGUUCAAUCAUGACUUACACGGCGCUAUUGAAGAGACCAGACGCUCAGGACUAAUACACUCUACGGAGAAACCAAAAUUGUACGGAAACAUGCGCGUGCGAAGUUCUUCCCUGCGUAGCAUUGCGCUCAAGCUUGCAAUCGAAAAGAAUAAUACAGAGGCUGCAGUUCUCCCCUCAAAUCAAAAAUCCCCCUUACUGGUGGGUUCAUCUGUUUCGCUCCUCAUACUGGAGGUUGCGAGGAAACGAGCGCUAGCGGUCUUGUUUUUGCGUCAGCUGAGGUUGCGCGCUUAUCAGCGGCGCCUCCUCCUCGAGGAAUUUCAAUGGCGACGUAACUACUGCCUCCAAUGGAACACGCUUCGGAGGUGGUGUACCUUCGCACGGGUCCGUCAAUCUCAUAAGCGGACACUCUUAAAGCGUACCGUAGAUCACUGGCAGAUUGUCGUGGAGUGCCAAAAACGUCUGCGCACUUUUAUUCAACGUUUUCUCACAGGGAUUAACGAUCGUCUUCGUGCAAUUGCAGUCAUAAAGGAGACACGGCAACGUUUUUUUUUCCUUCAUUGGCGCAGCAAAUUUACAAAACGCCGUGUAAUGUGUGCAAUGAGUAGCGCUGCAGACUCAUUUAGAUUUUCGAAAGAUGCAGAUAUCGUGGGAAGUGGCGGUGCAGCCCCUAGAAAACAAUAUCUAACUGUAUUUUCUUCGAAGGACGGUCUCGAAGAAGGCGAAAAGUCACGGUGCUCACAUGCAUUACGCUGCGCGUAUGGACAUUGGAAGGGUAAGACAGAAGAACGUCUAAAGGCUCGUUUUGCGGAGUCGCGAUACGUCCAGUUUAUGAAGUGGCGUGUUUUUGAAAAGCUCAAGCAGGCAAUUAAUCGGAAUAAGACUUCUGUAUCUACACAGGCGACGCCCCAUUCUCCUUCCUUUCUUCCUAUGUUGAUAAAUUGCACCUGUGCCGCAAGUGAGCUCCUCCUCGAUGCGACCGGUAGGGCGUUAUCUCAGCGCUUUCGCACCGUAAAUAUAAUUUCGUCACCACCAGAGGUAUGGUGCCAUAAGGAUAAAAUGGCUUUUCAGGUUGCACAAACAACCCUGAUUCGGCGUAUUUACCGUCAAUGGCAUCGACGUUAUCUUUGUCGUCGAGGCGGUUGGUACUGCAUUCGUAAAAUUCAAUUCGUUACAAUGCGUCGGUGGAUGGACUUGAUGGCUCGUCGUCGUCUUGACCAUGCAACAUGCCAUGCUGUUUUAAAUUGUUGGAGAGAGAAGCUACAUAGACGGCGUUUAGAGGGAAUGGCCACUAGUGUUUGUGCGCGGAAUACCAUCAGCCGAACUUUUUACACAUGGCGGCUGAAUUUCACAUUUCGGAGUCGGAACAACAUAGAGACAAUGCGGUGGUGUCUACAACAAUGGUGGGAAAGGGCAGCCCUCCAAAUUGGAGCACGCACACUAGCCAUCCACCAUCGUCAACGAUUGUUUUAUAAAUGGAGAACUCGAACCAGUGCUCGCGCCCGCUGCCGAGCGCUCCUGUUGCUUGCUGACACGCUCAGGGAAACAAUCUUGCUUGUCGGUUGCAUACGGGUUUGGUGGCAGAAGGUGAGGGAUGUGCAAAAAACGCGAACUAUGUGUGGAAUAAUUGAGCAGCUGAAUUUAGAGCAUCGUCGGGAAGUGUACUUUUUAAAAUGGAAGCGAAAGGUGUUCAAGACCACACUGCUAUCACACGUUGUUACCGUCAGUGGGACUUAG